AGGAGGAGUUGGAGCUGGCCUGGCCCCAACCUUAUGCCCUCACCGAGUGAGCUGCUUACCCACCGUCAGUCCCCCCUCCUGCCCAUGCCUGCUGCCAUGAGGGUGACCCUGUUUCUCCUCCUCCUUGGGGGCUUCUGGACUCAAGAGGUGAUUCCAGAGCCUCAGGACAUCACAGCCACUUCAGAGAAGCCUGUACCGGGAGGGUCCUCUGUUUCUCCAGCCUCAACUUUCUCUGAGGCUGAGAACCUCGACUUAGCAACCCCCAACCCUGUGACAACAAAGGUCCCUGAGGAGGGCAACAGCACCAUGCACGAGGUCUCCCCACCUUCCUCAGACCUCCAUACAACCAAUGAGGUGUCCUUUCCUGAGGCUUCCACUGCUGCCACCAGGGACCCCACCCUGGAGUCAACAAGCCUGGAAAUUAAUGGGACCGGUAACCCUGCUGAAACACCAAGAAACUCUCUGGCACUCCACGUUGUGACUGAUGGAACCGUGACACCUGGCUCUCUGGAGACCUCUGACAGAGCUGGUGGACCCCCUGUCACCAUGGCCACUGGCACUCUGGAGACCUUUGAUGUAACCAGUGGACCCCCUGUCACCAUGGCAACCAGCUCUCUGGAGACCUUUGAUGUAACUGGUGGACCCCCUGUCACCAUGGCAACAGGCUCUCUGGAGACCUCUGACGGAGCCAGUGGACCCCCUGUCACCAUGGCAACUGGCACUUUGGAGACCUUUGAUGUAACCAGUAGACCCCCUGUCACCAUGGCAACCAGCUCUCUGGAGCCCUCUGACGGAGCCAGUGGACUCCCUGGCACCGUGGCAACCGGCUCUCUGGAGACCUUUGAUGUGGACAGUGGACCCCCUCUCACCAUGGCAACCGGCUCUCCGCGGAUCCCCAAGGGGACCCAUAACUCCCCCAUUUCCACGGUAAAAAUACUCGCUGUGACUACGUCAGCGUCCCUCAAAGACACAAGCAGUACCCAACUUUCAGAUCAGGGGACAAAGGGCACCCUGCUGGUGGCUGUGCUUGUGGCCCUGGGGAUGGUCCUUCUCCUCAUAGCCCUACUCCUGCUGUGGCGCCAGCGGCAGAAGAGGAGGACGGGAGCCCUGACGCUAAGUGGGGGUGGCAAGCGCAACGGGGUGGUGGAUGCCUGGGCUGGGCCGGCCCCGGUGCCCGACGAGGAGGCCCUGAUGGUGGGCCCCUCAGGAGGCUCUGGGGGCGAGAAGGGCCCUGGAGCAUCUGUGGGGGACGGGGCUGGCCGGCAGCCCACCCUCACCACGUUCUUCGACGGGCGCAAGUCUCAGCAGGGCUGCCUGGAGCUGGGGGAGCUGAAGGCCGGCUCAGCCCCGCGCCUGCAGGGGGAGGAUGAGCCGCUGGUGGGCAGCAAGGAUGAUGAGGCUGCGGAGUGCCAGGGAGCCGGGGAGGCUGAGGCCCCUCAGUGCUUGUGAGGACCGAGAGCGGAGGCCAGUUCCCACCUUCCAUCUUCUUCCAAUCGUCUUGUCGCCAGCAUGUUCAUCUGAACCCCAUCCAGCUUCUGAACCGCGGGGGUCUUCCUGCCAGCGCCCACCUCGGGAGCUCAGGGCCCUAUACCCACGGGACACUUCCAGACUGAAUCCAUCACCCUUCCUCAUCCACUCUGACUUCUCCCCACCGCCCUCCCCAUGUUUAGUCCUGCUGAGUCUCCACGGUAAUGAACUUCUGAGAUCGAUGAUUUCUCGGAGGACUCCCCAGGGACCCCAGAGUGUAGGGAGGAGGGUGGAAGCAAACUCCCACCUCGGAUCACUCUGAAAAGUACUUUUUGGCCCCAUAGAUUAGGACAGUCCUGCUGGGUCAGGCCAGGACCCUCCUUUAACUGCGUGCUCUGUGCGGGGGCCCCCUGGAGUCACCCAGCUGUGCUCCCAGGUGUGCCCUUGGCUCAUGAUGCCACCCUCCCUCCACCUGCGGACGGAGGCGGCCAGAGACGGCCGCUGCUACUCCUCCCGAGGGCAAGGGUGAGAAGGAUUUCCGGGCAGGUCAAGUUCUCAGAAACCCCGGCGCCUGCGUGGGUCCAGGCAUGGGUGUAGUUGGUGUGCAAGAGGCCGGGCCUUGGCUCUAUGUGUGAAGUUGUGGGGCUGAGUACAGCGGCGUGAGGAGGGGUGGGGAGGAGCGCAGGACGGGCUGUCCGAGGGGCCACCCUGAGGAACGGCUAAGAACAUCGGGCCUCGUCUUUGCUCAGGUGGGGUGGAGGUAGCAGAUUUACUUGUCUGCAGCCCAAUAAAGACGGUGGGGCCUGAGAGAAAGUCCACGUGUGUGACCCAAGUGUGGUUCUUCGGCUCAGGUCUGUCCUGCUCAGCCUCCCCCGCCCCUGUCUGCUUGCUCUCCAGGAAGGGGGAGAGGCUGAAGACGGGGAGUUUACUGUUACCCAGGUACCGUGUUUGUAUCUCAUCUUCCCCAGGGAGAGGGCGAGCUCCUUCCCUUCUUUAAGGGCAAUCGGUGAGACUGGCAGGCCCCCAGAACCAGGAGCUCCCCAUAUGGCUCUGGGGUGGAAUGCAAUGGGGGGGGGCAGAGGGACAAGACCCCCACCCCUGGCCAGAGCCUGGGGGCCCACAUGCGCCAGAGGCGGUUGGUACUUCCCCAGGACAUGAGGAAAUUUACAAAGAGGAAGUUGUUGACUCAGAGGGGCUCAGUGGCUGAGGGAUAGGUUGACCUACAACAAGAGAGGUCCUUGGGAAGGGGGAGAGUGUGACUACCCCAUGCCGGUCCUGAGGGGCAGGGAUCUGGAAACAGCCUGGGAGUGGAGGGGAGGGGGAUGAAGGGACAUAAUGGUGGCCAUGGGUCCACGCGGCCACCAUGGUUUGUGCCACCUGUGGUUGGUCUACGGACAGGCUGAGCUGGGACGAAAGUGCAGCCCUCACCAGCCAAGCUGGGGAACACGGGGCUGAGUGCCUUUUCGCAGCUGUUCGCUGGGAGCUAUUUGGACAGGCCUUAGCCCCAGCAACAGGGGCGAGUUCCCAGAGUCCCUUAGACACACCGCAACUGUUGUUUCUGAUUUGCCAAACCAAGCGCCCCGAUUUCAGGUUUAGAAAAUACUGUCACGAACUCCAAAGCCAUCAGCUCCACCUCCUCUUAAUGGACACAUGCAAUCACUUUUUUUCCCCAAGAUUUUAUUUAU